CUAAGCUCUAACAGUCAAUAAUCUAGCAAGGAAGUAGAACCUUCUCAGAAAUAUUUGCAGUAAAAUCACCACAGGUCAACUGAUCUGUCCUCAUUUCCGAUAAGUGGAAUCACUGCUUUGUUUUCGUUCGGUUUGGCGGGAAUUUGCAUUUACUGAGAAAUGGCCUGCACAAAACUGAAUGUGUAUUAUAUACCAACUUAUACAGCAAUCUCUGUUUUUAUUUUGAUAGGUCUUUAUUAUAUUUUGAGCGGUGAAGGCCAUAGAUUCGAUAUAGGAUGGGUUUUAUCUGAAACAUCACCCUACCUAUGGGCUGCAAUGGGUAUUGGUUUGGCUAUCUCUCUUUCAGUAGUUGGAGCUGCUUGUUUUUUUUUACGAAUUCAGCGAAAAAUAUGAAGAUCAUGGAAGUUAGAACUCCUUCCAAAUAACUAGUGUAGUCCAACCAACUUUUUUAGAUAUGACUUGACAGUACGCUAGGAAACCACGCUAAAUUUUCCUCAAGGAACCAGCUCUGUAAAGCUUUAAGUGAACUUUAGGUAGUGUGUCAAAGUUAUCCAAGGCAGAGGAAAAAUGCGACCAGACUCUAAUUUUCUACCGAAAACUUACUGAAGUUCCUUGGUAUCCUGAAAAAGUUUUUAGAAGUUCAUUUAUGUCUGUGGUGCCUAGUACUAUGUCAAGCCUACAUGGGUUAUUCUAGCUUCUGGACAGACCGACUUAUUCUUUUUGAGUCACAUUUGGACCUUGUCAUUAAUUCACUUGUAACCUUAAAUGUUCUUAUAUGAACGUAUGUGGGUGUCAAAGUUACUGGUACAGAAACGCGCGAUGAAGAUUACUUGUUAAACGUCGUCCGAGUGUCGAUUUGGUUGUUUUAUAGAAAUCCUUUAGUUUUGCUCAACAAACAGUAUGCAAUUUCCACAUUAUGAUUUCAGGUGUUUAUUCUUAGAAAAUCUAAUUCUGCUCUUAGAUUUUAGGGUUAGCUGAGCAGACUUAUUUGAUUCUUGUAGUGCAAAUAUGCUUUUCAUCUCUUCAAACGAAUAAAUUAUACCAUAACUAUUUUGUCGUUUCUCUGCCAUAUGUUUUCAGUAUUUUCUUGCUUUCAUUUAUUUCAUUUACGUAAUGUUAUGGCAAAUGUACAUAGUAAAAUAUUAUGUUGAUCUAGUCAAUCAACAGAAGGUUAAGAUUAAUAGUUUUAGAUAAACGUUUGCUAAUUCUCCGUGGAAGGGGCGUGUCAUAAAUACAUGUUUAUAAAUACUUCACUUUCCAAGAUGGACUGCAUUUAUGUGCUUAACAUAUUUAUUUCCUUAUAGGGGCAUCUAUAUAACAGGUUCUAGUAUUCUAGGAGCAGCUGUCAAAGCACCUCGUAUUCGUACAAAAAAUUUGGUUAGCAUUAUUUUCUGUGAAGCUGUUGCAAUUUAUGGGAUUAUUACAGCUAUUAUUAUGCUGAGUCAAGUUGGGUCUUACAAUCCUACAGGUGCAAGUGAAGCCGUUAUUCGUCAAGCACAUCGUGCCGGUUAUGCAAUGUUUGCGGCUGGAUUAACUGUUGGUUUUUGUAAUCUUAUCUGUGGUAUAUGUGUCGGUAUGGUUGGUUCUGGUGCAGCUUUAGCAGAUGCUGCAAAUUCUGCAUUAUUUGUUAAAAUACUUGUAGUGGAGAUUUUCGGUAGUGCCAUUGGAUUAUUUGGAAUAAUUGUAGCUAUUCUUCAAAUUUCUGGCAAGAAAAUUUCUGAUAAAGGUUAAAGAGUACUUAAAACUGGGGACGAAACAAACACUCUGUUUAGUUUCACUUUAAUACUUUCUAUACCUUAGUUUUUCUCAUGAUACAGUUUCUCUCUCUACAUGUGUUACCAUUUCUUUUAAAAUUUAAGUUUUACGUAUCAUCUGUGUUGGUAAACUCUUUUCCCUUUCUCUCCUUCUCUCUCUUUCCACCAUUUUUCCUAUUUCAUUUAUUCGAAAAUGUCCGUCUAUUAUUGGGUAAUUGAAAAGAAAAAACUGAUUCAUUUCCAACUCAGUCAGUCAAUAGUGUUUGUUACUUAUGUCAUAUUUCUGAUCAAAAUAUCAAUUUGUAUUUUUCAUUUCUCUUAUCAUCAUUUGAUAUAAAUAUAUUAUAAUUUAAUGCAUAAUAUUUGAUAUCAUUAUUAUUCUGAUUAACAAUUAACCAAACGUGAUAAUGAUGUGUUUUACUCUAAUACGCUUAUUAUGCUAUUCACAUUCCUUUCAUUGUGUUUGCGUAUGUGUUGAUUAAAUAAAUAUAUAUUUCUUAGUAA